GUUAUGAUUUGGCAUAUUUUCAGGAGACACACAUUUCGGGGUCUAUUGGUUUUGUAAAUUAUCUUUAUUCCUCUUGCUAUAAGGCCUGACUUAUUUUGUCUGUCACGUAAUAUAUGUUUUGUGUGUCAGUAUUUAAUAGUAUAGUCUAAGAGUCGUUCAGAAAAAUAUUUAUCUACAUUAAAUGCCGUAGAUAACAUGCUCUGUUGCAUGGGACAGCUAGCUUGCCAUACUAGCUACUUUGGCUAGCUAAUUUCGAGGCUGUCAUAUCGAUUAUCAGCUGGUUUGCGAUCAACAAACUAGCCAGUUAAUUGUACAAACGUAUCAAAACCUCAGCUACUAAAGGACAGCAUUUGAAUGAGCAGGUGACACGACACUGCAGCACCAAACUGACGUUUGAAUAAGGUCCUUCGAAGUACAUUGGGGCAUGCAGGCAGACAGUUGAGACCAUUAUGAGGGCACCCCAGGCCAGCAGGAGCCUGUGAACGACCAUAACACCCUCUCUGUCUACUCUCUAACCAGACAACCUUCCCCUCAGGUGUUAGGCCUAGUUUCUCUCACCCUUGUUAUGCCCCUGUCACUGCUUUGGGGAUAGAGGAACGUCCAUAAAGGGAAGAGAGAGGGGCUUCAUAUUGGGUUAGUUAGACAGGCGGACCUUGUAUUUCCCCCUGCUAUGCCCCAGCCCCUACAGCCAUGAGCUCUGCCCUGUGGAGCCAGGAGAAGCCCAGUGGGGGCUUCAGGGAGGACUGGCGCUUCUACAUGGUGGUCAAGGAGUGUAUAGUGGAGAAGCCCCCCCAGAAGACCCUGAGGAUCCCCCGGGGCAGCCUGGGACAGGCCUGCCAGGAGAGGAACAGCCUGGGGCGCACGCUACCCCCCAGCAAGGGCAAGAGGAGCCUACGUGUCCUGGACCAGACCAACGUGGUGCUGAGCCUGGAUGAGCGGGACGUCCUGGAGCUGGAUGAGAAGCUAGCUGAGCUGCUGUUCCCCAUCACCAACUGUGAGGAGCGCUAUGCCCUGCUGUGCAACAAGCCCCGGCUGGAGCGGGCCAGAGACAUCGAUUGUGGCUCCAAGGUGCGCGUGCAGCUGCGUUCGGGGGAUGAACCUUUGCCCGGGGUAGUCCGAUUUAAAGGAUCUCURCUCCCAGACAGGGCUCUCUCCGGGGUCUGGUUUGGAGUGGAGCUGCUGGAGGAGGGCAGAGGCCAGGGCUUCACAGAGGGCUCCUACCAGGGCCGACAGCUGUUCCGCUGUGAGGAUGAGUGCGGGGUGUUCGUGGCCCUGGACAAGCUGGAGCUGUGGGAUGACGAGGAAGAGGAGCUGGGAGAGCUAGAGGUGGAUCACGUCAUCCUGGUGGAGGAGGAGAUGGAUUUCCAUCCGCUGGAGAUCAACUCCAGGGUCCUGGUCCAGACCAGAGAGGGGCCGGAGAGAGGAACCAUCAUCUUCUGUGACCUGCUGCCUGGGAACGAGAGCCUGGGGUACUAUGUGGGAGUAGACAUGGACAAUCCUAUUGGGGACUGGGAUGGUGUUAUCGACGGGAAGCUGCUGUGUAAUUURGCCAGUCUGGAACACACCCGUCUAGUSCCCAUCUGUGACGUAAUGCCAGAAUACUCCAUGCAGGACCAGAGGCUGCAGAAGCACAGUUUUACCCCCAGAGGCAGCAGCAGUGACAAGUCCUCCUCUGGCCAAAGCAAACCAAAGAGCAAAGGCUUAGGUCUUCAGUGUGGGAGUAGAAGCAAGUCAGAGUUGUAUUAUACUUUAAAUGGCAGCUCUGUUGACCACCCAGUCCAGUCCAAAUCCAAAAGCACAUGGUACAUUGAUGAAGUCGGGGAAGACCCUGCCAAGUCCCUCACAGACACGCCCCCUGACUUCAAUGAAACCACACCUCCUACAAGGGCCCCGCCCUCUGCUUCCUUGUCCAAUGACAACAAGUUCCACUCCCUGCCCUUCAGCCUGAGCCGUAAGACGGGGCCCAAUGGCAGCAUGAGCCAUGGACCCCUCUCCCUCUCCGUGCAGUCAGUGAUGGGAGAGCAGAUGCAGAUGCCAGAGCCCCCGUCGCCCACCCCUCCCUCCCCGCGGCCCCCCUCACCCCCCAGCUCUCGUGGGGGUGGGGGAGUGCCUGGUCUGGAGGUGGGGUCCCUAGUGGAGGUGAAGGAGAACCCGCCCCUGUGUGGGGUCAUCCGCUGGGUGGGGCUGCCCCCGGGACUACCAGAGCCACUGGCUGGCCUGGAGCUGGAGGAGGAGUGUGUUGGCUGUACAGACGGCACCUUUCAAGGUACCCGCUACUUCAGCUGCGCGCCCAAGAAGGCCCUGUUUGUGAAGCUGAAAUGCUGCCGGCCUGACUCCCGUUUCCCCUCCCUACACCACUCCUCCAACCCCAUAGAGAGAUGCAAUUCUAUCGCUUUCGGGGGUUAUCUGAGUGAGGUGGUGCAUGAGAACACUCCUCCACGCACUGAGAAUGACGGUCUAGACAUCAUGGUGGGCAAGAAGAAAGGUAUCCAGGGACACUACAACUCCUGCUACCUGGACUCCACACUCUUCUGCCUGUUUUCCUUCAGCUCAGUCCUGGACACGGUUCUGCUGAGGCCGAGGUCCAAGACUGACGUAGAGUAUUACCGAGAGACACAGGAGCUGCUACGCACAGAGAUUGUCAACCCCCUGCGCAUACAUGGCUAUGUGUGUGCCACUAAAGUGAUGAAGCUCAGAAGGAUACUGGAGAAGGUAGAAGCUGCCUCAGGGUUCACAUCUGAAGAAAAAGAUCCUGAGGAGUUCCUCAAUAUUCUGUUCCAUCACAUAUUGAGGGUGGACCCCUUACUCAAGCUGAGGUCGGCAGGUCAGAAGGUUCAGGACUGCUACUUCUACCAGAUCUUCAUGGAUAAGAAGGACAAAGUGGGUGUGCCAACCAGCCAGCAGCUCAUAGAGUGGUCCUUCAUCAACAGUGACCUCAAGUUUGCUGAGGCUCCUUCCUGCCUUAUCAUCCAGAUGCCUCGCUUUGGGAAGGACUUCAAGAUGUUCAACAAGAUCUUCCCCUCACUAGAGUUAGACAUCACAGACUUACUUGAAGACACUCCCAGGGAGUGUCGAAUCUGCGGGGGUCUGGCUCUGUAUGAAUGCAGGGAGUGCUACGAGGACGGUGACAUCACUGCCGGGAAGAUAAAACAGUUCUGUGAAAAGUGCAAUACACAGGUUCACCUCCACCCGAGGAGGAAGGCCCAUCGCCACGGCAAGUUGUCCGUCCCCAAGGAACUGCAAGAGGGUGUGUGGCGGCAGGGUAGCUUCCCUCGCCAGCGGAUGGAGCUGUUCGCCGUGCUCUGCAUCGAGACCAGUCACUACGUGGCCUUCGUCAAGUACGGCCACCAAGACUCUGCAUGGCUCUUCUUCGACAGUAUGGCCGACCGCGACGGAGGGCAGAAUGGCUUCAACAUCCCCCAGGUGUCUCCAUGUCCGGAGGUGGGGGCCUAUCUGAAGAUGACCCCUGAGGAGCUGCACGCCCUGGACCCCAAGAGCAUCCAGGGCCAGGCCCGCCGUCUGCUGUGUGACGCCUACAUGUGCAUGUACCAGAGCCCCACCAUGAGCCUGUACAAGUAGAGCCCCCGGGGCAGGAGAAUCCCAGACAGAUAGACAGACACAGACGGCAGAGCUGCAGUCCAGAGCUCUCUCCCUGUGUCCCCACCUCCUCCUCAAUGCCUGCCCCUGUCUCCUCAGUCUACUCUGCCCAAAGUGAAGAGACCUUAAAAGAGAAAAGCUUAUUUGCACUGUGCAUUUGUUGAAGUGUUGUUCUUCUUGUUUUCCCUCUGUGGUGAACAACAAAACAAGCUGAUCUUGACGUCAGUAGCUUCCCUGUGCCUCGUAGCUGAGUGGUGGGGGACGGCGGUCGAUGGAGACACGAGAAGCCCGCUGAAUAUUAUUCUCUUCCUGUGGAGAGGAAGAGGAGAGAGAGAGAGAGAGAGAGAGAGAGAGAGAGAGAGAGAGAGGGGGACGGCAUGCUCUCCUCAGCUGACCAAACAUGCGAAACAAAAACAAGCCAUGUUAAUGGAAGGACAGAGGCCACCUCAUUUACCUAAAGCAGGGGGAGUCCUGCUUUUCUUAAUCAGUGUAAGAGAUGGGAGCGCUCCAUAAUUCAACUCAUAGUGGAAAUAAUGCCAUGUUCAAAACCCUCAACCAACUAUGUAUACUGUUUAAACAGCGUGUCUUAAGACAUCCUUAGUUAGUACCAUGAUCCAUUAUGUCAGAUGUGUACCACCACCAACAGUAUAUUUGUGUCAACCAAAUAUAGCAUUAGGAUCAACCAGAAUGGUUGGCAUAUUUCCCUAUUAUACCUUGUAGAUUUCAUGAAAGUGUGUGUGUUCCAAAUAGAUAUAUGGUAAAGGCGGCUGUAUGACAGUUCUCCGUGCAGUCAGAGGACAGGUCAGGUACUCUAAAGCCUGGCAGGUGUUUUUGAAUUAACAGUUUGUGGAAAUAUUCAACUGAAAUUUUAAAUUUAGAUUUUUCUUUUUUGUAAGUCUCAAGGCAUUGUGUGUCAGCAAACUAAAUUAUUUUAUAUCUAAACUUUUAACUGCACUCAAGACAUAGUAAACUCCUGCUUGGCAUUUGUCAUACUCAAUACUUAUCUAUCUGAUGAGACAAACAGUAUAUGCCUUUUGUGUCUUUUUCAUACAUUUGUGACAGUCAACUCCCCAACCGUGGAUCAAAAUCAAGUAACUUAAAAUACAGUAUAUACCUAAUUAUAUUUUAAUCUGAAUAUAUUUACAUUCUCGUAUGUUCUUUUUUGAAGGAAAUAAAAUAAAAAUAAAAUAUAUAUAUAAUCUUUACUCCUCCCAUCUCUCACCAGAUAUUGAAGUGAGUUCUUGUGAUUCAUGCUGUCCCAUUAAUACUACUGAAUGUUACCACCAGUGGCAUGCUGGGUAGUGUAGUUUAAUGUCAUGAUGAAGGCCUGAUUGGGAGGUUCAAUGCUGGUUUCCAGAUGACUACAACCUCCACAAAGCCCCAUUGUGAUUGUUUUCCCAGGGACCCUCAAAGGGGACAUUAUUACUGUGUGUGCUUGUUUCUGCACUGCUGAAGUUUAAUGCUCGUCACAGACAGACAGGAGGACUUUCUUUACUCCACUGGAGCCUGUGAGUCUCUGAUAUGGAUAUCUAUGAACAUUGACUUGUGCAUCUAUCUGUAAAGUAUAUAACAGAUGGAAAUGAAUGUCUGUGCUGUUCUCGUAAAUGUUAACUAAAUUAAAACCCCUGUUUUGAAAGGUA